AUGCCCAUUCCCGACAAUGCAAGCCAUAGCUUCAGUAGCGUAUCCAGCUUCCUCCGCCACGAGCACUCCACGAUCGACCUGACGACUCCGUCUAAACCCCCGACCGAAAACUCUGGCAUGCCCCCGCCACCGUUACCCGAAGAGGAGAAGCCAGUUGUUGUGUGCCUCGCGACGGUGUCGAAACCGAAGCGGAAGAGAGGUGUCAAGGUGUUGGAGAAGAAGCCAGGCCAACCGCCUCCAAAACCAGCCAAAGCUGGGAAGGCCGCCAAGGAGAAGGAGGAAACCGAGGCCGACCAACCGUGGAAGAAGUACUUGAAGGACGCUGCCGAGAAAGAAGAGAAGAAGACCAAGGCUACAAAGGCCAAACCUGCGGCCAAAGCUAGAACGACGAGGAAGAAGAAGGAGGAAACCGUCAGUCGCCACUUUGCCAAACCGAAAGACGAGGACCAGGGCCAGGACCAGGAGGCCGAGGCGCCUAAGCCGCCAAAGAAGACCAAGAAAGAUGCGGACGGGCCUUCGGAUUUGGAGGCGGCCAUGCGCCGUCGCAAAGAUUGGACACCACCACCUGCCGAUACUGCUGCUGGUUCAAAUCAACAGGUCGUGGACUUGCUUUCCUCAACCGAUAAGACCUCAAGUCUCAUAACCUCAAAGGAGACUUUCGACAAUCUUUUCAAGAACUAUGCGCACCCGGAGGAGGAGCAGGCGCGGCCCUCCGUCGAGCCACCCGACAAUGAGCGUCAGGUCUUAGGGAAGAGGAAGUUGAUCGAGACUGUAUCUAUCAACGAAACGGCCAAGACGGGCCCGUCCGAGAGAGCGGCCCCGAAGGCCAAGGCACCCAGGAAGAAGCCUCGAACUAUCACUGAGCUAGCCACAGCUGCUUAUAAGGUUCCAGAAGCUACUGAGCAGCAGGAUCCAUCUGCACUUGCACCAGAGAGAAACGCCGUCGAAGCAGAGGAGGCGAAGGGCAAGGGAAAGAAGAGGGCAUCCAAGGCCAAGAAGCCGAAAAAGAUGCCACCGCCGGAACCUGUCCUCCUUUCACCGACCGCAGCUUUGAGACAGGCCGCUAACCAGGACUAUGUCUUUGGCACCUCGAGCCAGCUGGCUCGGGAACACUCGCCAACGUUCCUACGAGACCUCCAAUCAGCUCUCCAAGCCUCAAACUCGCGAGGAAAGGAGAACGACCCCUUCGUGACGCCCAUCAACAGUGAUGCGGUAGAGCCAGAACCGCGACAGAAGCUAUGGGGUGUCGGUGCAAGAGACGAAGAUGGACGAGUCUUGGACCUCGAAGUCAUCAACUUGGCAGACACGCCACAGGGAAACGAAGGCACAUCUGAAGGGCCCAAUCCAUUUGGAUACGUGGCCGCGGACAAGCAGGCGCCAUCAAUACCGAAUCACUUCCCAUCAGAUGACUCGUUUCCUGAUAUUGACGAUCUUCUCGGAAAAGCGAUUGCGGGGGAGCUGCCUAGCAUCCAAGAGGAGGCACCAAACUUCCAACCCGCGGCAGCUCAACCCGCCCCGAAGGAACCAAGCCCUGCGCCCGAACAUGAGGCUGCAUACCGAGCCGAGAAGGACAUCUCCGAGGAUGACAUUGACCUGCCGCCGCCGCGGUUGCCGUCAGUAACUGGCAGAGGAACACGACAGCCUGCUGCCAAAGCCAAACCUGUCCAAGAACCCAGCAAACCCAGAUUCGACCUAUACACUGACGUCCAGCUCGCACGUGAAAUCUCCUCGUACGGGUUCAAGCCAGUCAAAAGACGCACGGCUAUGCUUGCUCUAUUGGACCAGUGCUGGGAAACUGCCAAGGUGCAAAGGGCUGCAGCUGCUGUGUCACCCAAACGCCCGCGGGGCCGUCCGAGAAAGAACAGUGACGUUGCGCCAGCAUCCCAGGAGGUGUCACCUAAACGUGGGCCGGGACGGCCCAGGAAGACCCCCAGCAUCGAACUCAUGUCGUCGCCCAAACGCCCGCGGGGUCGCCCGAGAAAGAGUAGCAUCGAGAUCCCGUCCAGUGAGCCGCCGCCGUCAGCUCAGCCUCCGCCGCCAUCUCCCAAACGGCGACCCGGACGGCCGAGGAAAACCGCUGAGCCGACACGAACCACCGGCGGCACGAUAAGCAACAAGGGUAAAUCCAAGGCAGCUGCAGAUACUCCAGAUGUAGCUUCGCCGGCGGCGUCACGCGCGAGGAAGCUUGCGUCGCAGAACAUUAUCGAGAUUCCUGAUUCGGCCUCUGAAGGGUCACUGUCGCCGUCGCCCUACUCAUCUCCGGAACCAAUGUUCUCGUCACCGCCGCCGGUGGAUGCUUCCUUAUCAAUUACGGAAGAUACGGAGAUGUCGCUCGCUGCGUCGCCAAAGAGCCAGGAGUCUGCGGCUCUGUUUGAGUGCAUCACCGAAGCCGUGACGACGGCACCCCCAACCACGGACCCGAAGAAGCCCACCUUUCAUGAGAUGAUGUUGAUGUAUGACCCUAUUGUGCUGGAGGACCUUGCCACUUGGCUGAACACAGGUCAGCUGUCCAGAGUUGGCUACGACGGCGAGGUCUCCGCGGUUGAAGUGAAGCAAUGGUGUGAGUCCAAGAGUGUUUGCUGUCUUUGGCGCGAGAGCUUGCGAGGAGGCGAGAGGAAGAGAUAUUGA